AUGAAGGUUCUGUUGCUGAAGGAUCCCAAAGACAAAGAUUCAGGACCAGAUCCCUAUAUUAAAGAAUUAGGAUUAUAUGGAUUUGAAGCAACUUUGAUUCCAGUUUUGUCAUUUGAAUUCAUAUCUCUUGAAAGCUUAUUUGAAAAGCUUUCUCAUCCAGAAUGUUAUGGAGGCCUAGUUUUUACCAGCCCAAGAGCAGUAGAAGCCAUCAAGAUAUGUUUAAAAGAGAACAGUAAAAAUGAUGCCUGGUCAAAAUCUCUUAAACAAAGAUGGAAUACCAAACCAGCGUAUGUGGUAGGAAAAGCUACAGCUUCUCUAGUGGAAGAAAUUGGCCUUACUCCACAAGGAGAUAAGUCUGGAAAUGCUGAAAAGUUAGCUGAAUAUAUUUGCUCAAGAGAGAAACCUAAUUCCUCAGCUCUUCUUUUCCCUUGUGGAGCCCUGAAAAGAGAAGUACUUCCUACAGUACUGAGGGAAAAAGGGGUACCGCUGGAAAGCCUUACUGUGUAUCAAACAACCCAACACGCUGAUCUGCAAGAGUCUUUGAGCCGUUAUUUCUCACAACAGGGAAUUCCAGCGAGCGUCGUGUUCUUCAGUCCAUCUGGCGUCAAAUUCUGCCUCCAGCACAUUCAGAAGCUUUCGGGGGAUUUUAUCCACCAUAUCAAGUUUGCUGCCAUCGGUCCGACGACGGCGGAAGCCAUGGAAGCAGCAGUCAGCUGCACUGCGGAGAGUCCGACUCCCCGAGACCUCGCCGCUGGGAUCCAGGGAGCGCUUCCCCUGCAGAACUGCUUUUCGUCGGACUCCGAUCCUCGAGAUGAAAUAGACUCUCAGAAGCACGCUCGUCGCUGGGAGAUACUGCGAGCAGCGGGAGGAGUACUUCACCCUGAAAGAGCAGCAGCCUGUAGGACACCGGAAUCACUGUGCACUGUAAAAUAUUACUUCGAUUUUGUUACAGGGAAGCGGGAAGAGGUGACACAGCUACCCCAGAGGCUCAGCCGCAGGCUGUUCUUGGUCCUCGGAGCUUACGCUGAGGCUCUUCUCGUCAGCUGGCUGACAGUCGUGUGCCGAAACACCGCGAGCCUGCAGCCGCACGCACCAGUACCUACGCUAGCAGCUGCUUCCGACAUCAGCAGCGCAGGGGAAGGACAGACCUUCUGGACUUUCCCUCUUGGACAAAGUGAAAACCGCAGCAGUGCACACGCGGACCCCUGGUGUCACGGGGGCAUUGCGCAGAGCCACCCCCGGCUGGAAAGCAGGGAAGGACACGGAAUCCUGAAAGAUCCCGCCGCCUUCUUCAGUUUCAAGUCUGAAAAAGGUAAUACUAUUGUUGAUCAAUUCAAACACGGCUAA